GAAAUUUCACCAAAUUGCAUUCCCAAUUUGUAAUAUUCGUUAAUUACAAUACCAUAGAUAUUGACAUAAGUGUGAAAUCGAUUCUUUUUAUAUUGUCAGUGGAGAGAUAUUCGAAAGUAGGAUAUGAUUGAAGUGAAUAGUAUCUAAAAUAAAGUUUCAGCUGGACUGGAGCAUUGCAAAAUUAAAUUGACAAAAAAUGAUUCAGUUUGCAUUGAAAAAAUAAUUGAAAAGACAAACUCAGCAUAAUUAUCGCUUGAAAUGAGCAUAUAUUUUUGAUGAAUAAAAUUUUUAAUAAGUGAAGGAAUUCGAAAAUGGUGAUUAGUGGAGCAGGAUUAGCUCCUUUGGAGUUUGCAGACUGCCUACUUGACAGUCCAGAAUUUCGAGAAAAUCUUAAUCGGCACGAGAAAGAGCUUGAAAAAACUUCUCAACAAAUAAAACGAAUAAUAAAGGAAAUUAAAGAUUUACUAUAUGCAGCAAAAAAUUUGUCUCGAUGCCAAAGAACAUUAGCAAAGAGUCUUAAUGAAUUUAACUUUGAAUGCAUUGGAUCAACACAAACUGAUGAUGAGCAGGUGAUAGCAGACAGUUUAAAACAGUUUAGCAAACUUAUUUCAGCCAUAGAAGAUGAAAGAGACAAUAUGCUUGAUCGAGCACAUGACCAGAUUGUUGUCCCUUUGGAGGGAUUUAGGAAAGAUGCAAUUGGUGGCGUCAAGGAGAAGAAAAAGCAACAUGACAAACGCACUGCGAAAUUUUGCCAAGCGCAAGAAAAAAUUCUUAACUUGUCGUCAAAAAAACCAGAAACAGUUUUUGUUGAGGCCGAUGCAGCCUUAGGAAUGCUGAAGCGUGACUAUAUGCAUGAGUCAUUAAAUUAUGUGCUAAAAAUACAGGACGUUCAAGAGAGAAUAAAAUUUGAGUUUGUUGAAAUAUUGCUUGGUUUUAUGUCAGGAUGGCUUGUGUUUUAUCAUCUUGGACACGAAGUUGCUGAAGACGCAAAAGAAUAUAUGACAGAUUUACAACUUAAAGUGCAAAAAACUCGUGAAGGUUUUACAGAGUUUCAAGAAAUUGCUCAGGAAUUAAAAUCCAAAUAUAUGAAUUUUCAACUAAAACCGGAAUCAGAUUAUACACUGCAAGGCUAUCUUUAUUUGUCAGAGAAAAAAGCCUUUACUGCAACAUGGCAGAAGAAUUAUUGCACAUACAAGAAGGAAAACAAACAAUUCACAAUGCUUCAGUACAAUCAGCAAAUACCUGGAAGGAUUCAAACUGCACCAGAGAAGUUUACACUUUCCAGUUGUACGCGCUGUAUCUCAGAUUUUGAGAAGCGAUUCUGCUUCGAUCUGACUUUUGAGCAGAAGCCUAACGUUGUUUAUACAUUUCAAGCACUUUCUGAAAAGGACCGAAAAUCAUGGCUUGAUGCUAUGGACGGUAAAGAGCCGGUUUACUUGACACCAGGAAAGAACGCUAAUGCUCAAGAUGAGGAGUAUGUUCUAAAUGAUAUUGGUUUUACGUUUGUAAAGAAAUGUAUUGAGUGCUUAGAGGAUCGUGGACUCGAAGAAGAAGGUCUUUACCGAGUGAGUGGAGUGGGAACAAAAAUCAAUAAAUUGCUUUCUAUGGGACUUGACUCUAAAAAGACUGAAACAGAGCGACUGCAUAUUUUUACUGACGAACAACACUCAGAUAUUCUUGAAAGUAAAACAAUCGCAAGUGCACUCAAACAGUAUCUUAGGAAAUUGAAAGAACCUCUCAUGACCUAUCGAUAUUUUAAUGGAUUUUUGGCUGCUGCAAAGCAGGAGCAACACUUGCAAAGAAUAAGUGAUAUACACGCUUUGGUUCAUCGACUUCCAAAAAAUCAUCUUGAAAUGUUGGAUCUUAUCACGAAUCAUUUGAAAAAUGUUACAGCAAAGAGUCACAAGAACAAAAUGUCAAUUUUUAAUCUUGGAGUUAUAUUUGGCCCGACAUUGUUGAAAGCCAACGAGGAUAGUCUUGCUGCAGUUCUUGAGAUAAAAUUUAAUAAUUUGGUCAUUGAAAUCUUAAUAGAAAAUUAUGAAUUAAUAUUCAAGAAUCUACCAGGAAUAUCAUCAGAUUAUGUAUCGCGGCAAUCGUCGUUAAAUCCACCAUUUCAAAGACCUUCGAAUUAUCAUUUUCGAGAAUCUUGCAUACCUGGAGUUGACCACAGAAUUUCUCCCCAUCCACAACCAAUUAGAGUGGUGGCCAAAUCAAACUACACCGAUCCAGUAAUGUCCAGUAGUUUACAAAACAUUCCAAACGGCAUGACCUCUUAUCAUUCUUCAUCAAAGUCGGGUUCAUCUAAUAUCAGUCAGAUUUCUAUUCAUAAUAGUUUAUUCCAACCCAGUUCCAAACACCAACAGUUGACACCAGCGUCUUACCCGAUUUAUGAAACAAAAUCAAGCACAAACAUUAAUCAUAAGUCACUUUCACCUAUCGUAAAAGAUCAGCCAUCUUCCUUGUCAUCACGUGAACUUAAUACUAGAUACAUGAAAUCUGCUUCACCCCCAAAUACAGCUAAUAACAAUAUUAAUAGUUACCAAAAUGCAAUUUACGUCCAAAAGCAACAAUUCUACAACAGUGGCAAAAAGUUUUUAAGAGAAAAUACACCAAGUGGUACAUUGAACAAAAGCGGUAGCGCUUUAGCUUCGGAAAACCCAUAUGAUACGGUGAAACAAUUGUCAGCCCAAAGUAACCAGCCUUCUUACAAUAUUUUAACAUCUUCUGAUACAAACUUAUCGAAGCUUUUUGAUCGAAUUCACUCAUCAGAUGAAUCGCUAUGUUCAUCAUCGAGCAAAGAUUUGAAUUUUGCCUCUCAACAUUCACAAUUUCAAACUUAUAGUAGUUCCAAAGAACUAAACAAGUCAAAUACCGGAAGUACUAAACAAUUGAAUGUCUGGAAUGAUUAUCAACCGGUUUCUAAACACCAAUCAGCUACUUAUGAUGCCAUGUCUAGUCACAAAAACAGCAGUAUUGUUUCAGGUUUCAUACCGAAGAAACAGCAACGUGAGCAUAAAGCCAAAGAUGAAAUUGUGAAAGCGAAACCUUAUACCAUCAAACAGAAUUGGCGUGUUCGCACACUUUAUGCUUGCCUUGCAGAAAAUGAGGGAGAGCUGUCGUUCGAACCUAAUCAAAUAAUUAUAAACGUUUCACGAUCGAAUGAACCAGGAUGGCUUGUGGGAACACUUAAUGGAAAAAAUUUGAUGCGCGGAAAUUUGUUUCAUGUUAAUCCCAUUCAUACAUCUAUGGGUAAUCAAAAUGAGGAAGUAAAUAGUUUUUAUAAUAUUCUGCAAGAAAACAAAUUACUCCGAGAGCACAACAACAAACUUACACAACUUAACAAUAGUUUACUAAUCGAAAUUUCGCAACUGAAAUUGGAAAUAGAUAUGCUGGAGUUAAGAAAAGGCUGGAGUUUUAGUAACAGAAAAAUGUCUUCAAAAGAGAGUAUGUCAACUUCAAGUUUGUCUCCAUCAGUAAUUUACUUAGAUGCCAAUGGUAAUGAGUGUAGUAAACCAAUAAUUAGGAAAAUUGUCAGUUCUCAAUCUCGUCAUGUGACAGUUAUGAAUUAUUCAAGACGUUUUAGGGAGACAAACAAGCAUGUAACCCACCAUGUCACUACAAUGAGCUUUCCUCGAAAUUUAGAUUCAUAUGGAUCAGGAAGCUAUUCUUCGUAUUUUCCUUAUUCCACCAGUUAUCAAAAAGAAAAAUUUCACGAGACGAAACAAAAUCAUGAUUACGAUCAGUCAGCUUACUCUCCUUCUAAUUUUCAACAUCAAAUGUACGUGUCAAAUGCUCCGUUAUCAGUUGCACCAAACCACUAUAACAAUUAUGUUAAUAAUACUAAACUUAUUAAAUAUGGAUCAAAUACUGAACUUUCAAAACGAGGCAGAAAUAAUUGCUAUGAAUUGUCACAAGACCUAAUCGAUAAACAAAUAGAACUUUUGGAGCGAAAAUAUGGUGGAAGAAGACGUGCUCAAAAAGCUGCAUUGAUCAUUCAACGAGCACUCCGUCGUUAUAUGUUGAACAAGAAAUUUGAUUCUAUACGUGCAAGUAUGAAUUAUGAUAUGAAGCUGUCAAAAUCAAACUAUAACCAACAAGUCCAAAGUACAUCAAUGGAAAUGCAAGAUGACCAUUCACAAUCUCACAACAUUGGAAUGGAUUCUUUGCAAAAUGUUUCAACGUCAUCAUGUAAUUUUCAAAAUUAUUCCGUUGAACCAAGUUCUGUAAGCAUUCAGAAUAGAGAUGCGUUAACUCAUCAUCAACCUUAUAUUGGUGCUGUGCAUGAACCUUUUACUUAUAAUGUGUCACCACAGAAACUUCAGUAUCACGAAAACUCUUCUAGUGCAAUUUCGAAUGUUGAUAGACCUAAUUUAAUGAAAAACAUGGAAUUUGAUGGUCAAAAUCAACCGAUCGUUACCCACUAUACUGCUUCACAGAUUUAUAUGCGCCCAAAAAUGAAAAAUAGUCCACAAUAUCAACAAUCGAACUCAAGAUUAAGCACGUCAAUAGAUGAAAAACUUACUCCGCCUGAAAUUUCUAAGCGAUCAUUCAGCAUAUCGUCGACAACAGGAUCUUCAUCAAAUCAGAAAUAUAAUGAAGAGCUUUCAAGAUUAGAAAAUCAUGGAAGUUUACAAUCGGUUCAAUCUUCAGGAAGUGAUAAAAGUGCUUCAAUUGAUAAAAUUGAUGUUUCUGAUAACUUUUCUGACCGCUGUAUUUCACCUAUGUAUAAAUGUAAAGGUGAUAUAGAUAACGAGCAAUCAAAUCAGUUAUUGUCAUCAAUAUCAAAAAAAACAAUUGCAAAAGAUAAUUAUCAUAUAUCAGAGAUAAUGAGGAAACGAAAAUACCGUAUUGGACUUAACUUAUUCAAUAAAAAACCUGAGAGAGGAAUAGAAUAUUUAGUACGAAACGGAUUUCUCGAAAAGACGCCUCUUAAUGUUGCUAAAUUUUUGACUUCGCGAAAAGGUCUCUCAAGGCAGAUGAUUGGAGAAUAUUUGGGAAUGAUUCAAAAUCAAUUUAAUAUGUCUGUGCUUGAAUGUUUCUGUGAAGAAAUUGAUUUAUCAGGAACAGCUAUAGAUGUAGCGUUACGUAAAUUUCAAAGUUAUUUCAGGAUACCAGGUGAAGCGCAGAAAAUUGAACGUUUAAUGCAAAUUUUUAGUCAACGUUAUGCCAAAUGCAACCCAGAAGUCGUUUCUAAAUUUAAAUCAGUGGAAACUGUGUUUAUUAUAUCUUUCGCAAUUAUUAUGUUAAAUACUGAUCUCCAUACCAAAACUCUAAAACCAGAGCGAAGAAUGAGUUGUGAAGACUUUGUGAGGAAUCUUCGAGGUGUAGAUGACUGCAGGAAUAUUGACAGGCAAAUUUUGGUAUCAAUUUAUGAUCGUAUUCGUGCAAAUGAAUUUAAACCUGCCGCUGACCAUGUGUCGCAAGUUUUGAAAGUUCAGGCAACGAUAAUUGGAAAGAAGCCAAGUUUAGCCCUUCCAUAUCGUAGAUUAGUUUGUUAUUGUCGGCUCUAUGAAAUUCCUGAUAUCAAAAGAAAAGAAAGAACUGGAGUGCAUCAACGAGAAGUCUUUCUAUUUAAUGAUAUUCUUGUAGUUACAAAAAUAUUCAAUAAGAAAAAAACUUCUGUCACUUAUACUUUUCGAGAAUGUUUUUCACUUCCAGGAUUGACUGUUACCUUGUUGAAAACGCCAAAUUAUCAACAUUGCUUACAGUUAUCUCACAAAGUGGACAACAAAGUGUUAAUAACAUUUAAUGCCCGAAAUGAACACGAUAGAUUCAAAUUUGCUCAAGAUUUAGAAGAAAGCAUUGCAGAAAUGGAUGAGAUGGAACAAAUAAGAAUUGAACAUGAAUUUGAAAAGAAAACAGUAUCAAGAUGUUCCAAAAGUAGCAAAUUAGAUUGUCGUAGGGGUGGAUACGAUUCCAUACAACGAAAACUUGAUUCAGAUGCUUCUGAUCAAUCGCUGACAACACAGGAACGAAAGCAUAGUAAUUCUCUUGUUGAAAUCAACGGCCAAUUUUCCAACGAAAGUGACCACCGUCGAGCUUCAAUUUGCUCUUUAGACAGUGGAACGUCACUGACAUAUUUUUCUUCGAGUCGAGCAAAAAGCAGUAAAACAUUAAAAGACAGGAAGCAGUCAACAUAUGAUACAUCACAUCAAAAUAAGGACGAAAGUUUAAUGACGUUCUCAAAUAGUGAAUUUGGAAGAUCUAAAAUUCCUUUACGUAUCAAUAAUAAUAAUCAAUCAGGUUCGGACACUACAAAAGAUCCAAAUGUAUUAAAUGUCAAACCAUUAACAAAACCAACAAGCAAUAACAGUCAGUUGAAUUCUCAGAGAUUGGUUGAAGUGGUACAAAACCAGCUUGCCGAAAACAAUGAAGACGGCGAGAAGAAUGAAAAGAGGAUAUUAUCGUUGGAUGCAUUCCAAAUUGGGUGUCAUCUUGGUCACGGAAAAUUUGGAGUGGUUUAUUUAGCAAGGGAAAAAGUGUCCAAAUAUCCGGUUGCACUUAAAUAUCUGUCAAAAAAAGAACUUCAAAAAAAUAACAUUAUGCAUCAAGUUCGUCGGGAGGUCGAAGUCCAGUUAGAAUUUGGUCAUCCCAAUAUUUUACGCAUGUAUGCAUUCUUUGAAAAUGAGCAAACAAUUUAUCUCAUGCUUGAGUAUGCAUCUGGAGGAAUUCUUUUUGAUGCUUUACAAAAGGAAGUACUUGUUGGUGCAGCUCCAUUUCAACAUUUUCAAAAAAUUGCGAAAAUUGAAUAUCAUGUUCCAGAUUAUGUAAGCAAGGCAGCAGGCCAUUUCAUAUUAAAAUUGCUUGUUCUGGAACCGAAAGAGCAAAAUUUGGUAGUUAUUCUAAAAAUGAAAAAUUGCCCAAACAAGACAAAGAAAAUGUUUAUUGUACGAGCUUUAGAGAAAAUACUUUCCGAAAAGGAUAUCAAGAGGCAAGGACAGCUUAAAAAAGCUUGUGAAACAGCAAUAGCAACAUUGAAAGAGGAAAUUGAAGAUGACAACAGACUGGAUCCUACUGGUGUUGAUCAGUUAAAAUCUUCUGCGCUUCCCCUACCUAAAAACUACUCUCCAAACAACAUAAAUGCUGAAAAAUAUUUUUUACCCUUCGAGUUGGCAUGCCAAAGUAAAACACCGAAAAUUGUAGUUACGGCAUUGGACUGCUUACAGAAAUUAAUUGCUUAUGGUCAUCUUACCGGUAACGUUCCUGAUUCUUGUUCCCCCAAUGGAAAGCUCUUGAUAGAUCGUAUAGUUGGUACAAUAUGUAAUUGCUUUAUGGGACCGCAAACAGACGAAGGUGUGCAACUGCAAAUAAUUAAAGCUCUUUUAACAGUCGUUACCUCGCAAAAUAUUGAAGUGCACGAAGGAACAGUUCUUCAGGCGGUUCGAACUUGCUACGAUAUAUUUCUGUCAAGCAAAAGUCUGAUAAAUCAAACAACAGCUAGAGCAACACUCACUCAAAUGUUAAAUGUAAUUUUUACGAGGAUGGAAAAUGAAGCAUAUGACACUAUCAGUGACAAACUGAACGAAACUUCAGAAAAAUUUGACAUUGAGAAUCAAAAUGUUACACAGGAAAGUGAAGAAAAUAUUGAAGAGUUAGCUCGUAAUUUUGUGGAUGAAAUACUUGAAACAGCUGUCAACAUCGUAGAAAAUCCUAGCGAAACGAACAAUGAUGAAAUAAAAAAUAACACUGAAAAGAUAACAGAAUUCAACCAGGCAGAAACAACAAAUAAAAGCACAAUAUCAUCCAAUAAUGAUGCGAAUUUGGAGAUCAAUGCGGAUGAAAAUGUGGCAGUACCGAAAUUCACACAUGUUCUUCAAAAGGACGCUUUUUUAGUAUUUCGUGCUUUAUGUAAAUUGUCAAUGAAACCACUUCCCGAAGGGCAGCCAGAUCAUAAAUCACACGAACUCCGCUCUAAAAUACUAUCGCUACACUUGUUACUUUCCAUUCUUCAAAAUGCUGGUCCAAUUUUUCGAUCCAAUGACAUGUUCAUAAUGGCAAUAAAGCAAUAUUUAUGUGUUGCUUUGUCAAAAAACGGCGUUAGCUCUAUUCCUCAGGUGUUCGAGUUAUCUUUAUCGAUAUUUGUAGCAUUACUGUCAAAUUUCAAAGUACAUCUGAAGAAGCAAAUUGAAGUUUUUUUUAAGGAAAUCUUUCUCAAUAUAUUGGAAACAUCAAGUUCUACAUAUGAACACAAGUUUAUGGUCAUCCAAGCACUGACAAGAAUAUGUGCAGACGCUCAAAGUGUUGUCGACAUAUACAUCAAUUAUGAUUGUGACUUCUCUGCCGCGAAUCUUUUCGAGCGACUAGUCAAUGAUCUUUCCAAGAUUGCUCAAGGACGACAAGCAUUGGAGUUGGGUGUUACAUCGUUUCAAGAAAAAUCUAUGAGGAUUAAAGGCCUGGAGUGCUUAGUCUCGAUUCUAAAAUGCAAAGUUGAAUGGAGUAAAGAUUUGUAUAUUAAUCCUAAUUUGCAGACAACAUUAGGUGAUAUGUCGCAUAAGUCAACAAUAAAUGAUGAUACGUCCUGUUUGAUCAAGCAAAGCGGAUCGAACCUUAGUUUGAAUUCAGCAUGUAGCGGAAAUACCAACAGUAACAAUGAUAACAAAGAAGUUCUAGAUCUUCCGGGUGAGUUGGAGGAACGAAAGCAGCGUAAAGAGUUGAUGGAAGCUGGUAUUGAGAAGUUUAAUCAGAAGCCUAAAAAGGGAAUUCAAUUUCUCUUGGAUCGAAAACUAUUAGGUUCAAAACCAGAAGACAUAGCGAAAUGGCUUAUUGAUGAUGAUCGUCUCGAUAAAACCCAAAUUGGAGAUUUUCUUGGCGAUAAUGAUGACAUGAGUAAGGCUGUGAUGUGUGCGUAUAUUGAUGGUAAAGAUUUCUCUGACAUGGACAUCGUAACUGCUCUUCGUUUCUUCCUCGAAGGAUUUCGCUUGCCUGGUGAAGCACAAAAAAUUGACAGAAUGAUGGAGAAAUUUGCCAGCAGAUAUUGCGACUGCAAUCCUAACAAUCUUCUUUUCACAAGUGCAGAUACAGUAUACGUUCUGGCCUUUUCUGUUAUCAUGUUGACAACUGAUUUACAUUCACCUCAAGUCAAAAAUAAAAUGAGCAAGGAGCAAUACAUAAAACUUAAUCGGGGUAUCAGUGACAGUAAAGACCUUCCUGAAGAAUAUUUGUCUCAAAUCUAUGAUGAAAUAUCCGGUCAUGAAAUUAAAAUGAAGAAUACAGUCAUCAACAAGUUCAGUGGAAGGUCGGCAUUCAUCAAUGAGAAAAAGAGGAAACUUUUAUGGAAUAUGGAGAUGGAAGCAAUUUCAGCAACAGCUAAAAACCUAAUGGAGUCGGUAUCACAUGUUCGAGAAUCUUUUACUUCGGCUAAACAUCUAGAGCAUGUUAGACCAAUGUUCAAAAUGGCUUGGACUCCAUUCCUUGCUGCUUUCUCAGUAGGACUACAAGACUGUGAUGAUCCUGAAAUUGCUGCUCUCUGUCUUGAUGGUAUAAGAUGUGCUGUGAGAAUUGCUUGCAUCUUUCACAUGACUCUUGAAAGAGAUGCCUAUGUUCAAGCACUCGCAAGAUUUACACUUUUGACCGCAAACUCUCCUUUAACUGAAAUGAAAUCAAAAAAUAUUGACACGAUAAAAACUCUCAUAACAGUUGCACACACAGAUGGAAACUAUUUAGGAUCAAGUUGGUUAGACAUUGUCAAAUGCAUAUCUCAGCUUGAGCUAGCUCAAUUAAUUGGAACUGGGGUUCGGCCACAAUAUUUAUCAGGGCCUACACAUCGUGAUGCCCUUGAUCCUACAGUGAAGGAGCAUAUGGGAGAAACAAGUUCACAAUCGGUAGUUGUAGCUGUUGAUCGAAUCUUUACCGGAUCAAUUCGAUUGGAUGGUGAUGCGAUUGUUGAUUUUGUAAAAGCUUUAUGUCAGGUGUCAUUAGAUGAAUUAAACACUUCCCAACCAAGGAUGUUUUCGCUUCAAAAAAUUGUUGAAAUAUCAUAUUAUAACAUGGGUCGUAUCCGCUUACAAUGGUCAAGAAUAUGGCAAGUAUUAGGCGAUUAUUUUAAUACGGUCGGUUCGUAUACAAACGAGGAAACAGCAUUCUUUGCAAUCGACUCUUUGCGACAACUUUCAAUGAAGUUCAUCGAGAAAGGAGAAUUUUCUAAUUUCCGCUUUCAAAAAGAUUUUCUCCGUCCUUUCGAACAUAUCAUGAAAAAGAAUCAAUCUCGAACAAUUCGUGAUAUGGUUGUAAGAUGUGUUGCUCAGAUGAUAAAUUCACAGUCACUUAACAUAAGAUCCGGAUGGAAAAACAUUUUUUCUGUAUUUCAUUUAGCUGCUGGAGACCACGAUGAAUCAAUUGUUGAGUUAGCAUUCCAAACUACUGGCAACAUCAUAAAUGUGCUUUAUAAGAAACAAUUUAGCAUAAUGAUUGACUCCUUUCCUGAUGCCGUCAAAUGUUUGUCAGAAUUCGCUUCGAAUUCUUACUUUCCUGAUAUAUCAAUGGAGGCAAUAAGACUUCUGAGAUCAUGUGCAGUUUCAGUUAAGGAAAAUCCGCAACAAUUUGCUGAACAUACUGGAAUGGAAAAUGAUAUCAAUGUAACAGAAGAAGAUCGAAUGUGGGUUCGCGGUUGGUUCCCAAUGCUUUUUUCGCUCUCUUGUGUUGUAAAUCGAUGCAAACUUGAUGUGAGAACACGAGCAUUAACCGUUCUUUUUGAAAUAGUUAAAACUUAUGGUGAAUCAUUCAAACCAAACUGGUGGCGUGACCUUUUCAAUAUACUCUUUAGAAUUUUUGAUAAUAUGAAGCUUCCAGAACAGCAUACAGAGAAAGCUGAAUGGAUGACAACAACAUGUAAUCAUGCGCUAUAUGCGAUCGUUGAUGUUUUUACACAAUAUUUUGAUACUCUUGGUCCACUGUUACUGAGUGAUCUCUAUAGUCAACUUCAAUGGUGUGUACAGCAAAAUAAUGAGCAGCUAGCUCGAAGUGGAACAAAUUGUUUGGAAAAUCUUGUGAUUUCAAACGGAUCUAAGUUUAAUAAUGAAACAUGGGAGUCGACAUGCGUUUGUAUUCUUGAAAUGUUUAAACAAACUCUACCUGAUGAUCUUAUGACAUUUAAUCCUUCUGCAAAGACUUCGAACGAACAUCAUCACAUCAAUUUUCACACAAAUCAGCCUUCUAACAACGAUAAUAAAGAACUUCUUCAAGGAAUAUUGAAAAGAAAUCAUUCACUACAUUCCCAAAAUAAUAUGACCUUAGAUAAUAUGAAAACAGAUUUAAUAUCCCACAAAAGGUACUUGAAUUCAUUGAAAAGUUUAAUUCGCGAUCAAGUUAACAAGUUAAAGACAUUGGAUAUUGAAGCUACUUCAAACGAACAUCAUCACAUCAAUUUUCACACAAAUCAGCCAUCUAACAACGACAAUAAAGAACUUCUUCAAGGAAUAUUGAAAAGAAAUCAUUCACUACAUUCCCAAAAUAAUAUGACCUUAGAUAAUAUGAAAACAGAUUUAAUAUCCCACAAAAGUGAGCUUUUCUCUGUUAUUUUAAUAAAUUGUGUAGUUCAAUUGGAGCUUAUUCAAACAAUUGACAACAUAAUUUUCUUUCCUGCAACAUCUAAAAAGGAGGAUGCAGAAACUUUGGCAUUAGCGUCACUUGAGCUUAAUCAAAUCGGAAACAUUUUGACUCAUUCCACAAUGGAACAUGAGGAUUGUCAACGCGAAGAACAAGGAAUGUAUAGUUUUCUCAGUACACCUCAUUUAAUAAAAUUUGUUGAAUGUCUCCUUGAAAGCCAUCGUUUUGCCAAAAGCUUCAAUCAAAAUCAGGAACAGAGAACAAUUUUGUGGAAAGCGGGUUUUAAAGGUUCGGUGAAACCAAAUUUGUUAAAACAAGAGACGCAAUCUCUUGCAUGUAUUUUACGAAUUCUCUUCAAGAUGUAUAAUGAUGAAAAGCGUCGAUAUGAUUGGAAAGAAAUCGAGCAAAGACUUAUUAGCAUUUGCAAAGAAGCUUCAGCUUAUUUUCUUUCAAUACAGGGUGAGUCACAUCGUGAUUCAUGGACACUAAUAAUGCUUUUAAUUAUGACCAGAGUUCUGAAGAUGCCAGAUGAAAGGUUUACAGCUCAUGUCUCAAGUUACUAUUCUCUUUUCUGUGACAUGAUUAGUUAUGAUAUGAAGCCUGAGCUACGGAAUGCAUUGAAAAGAUUAUUUCAACGAAUUGGACCAGCUUUUAAAGUAGUUAAGAUACCGACCCUGCAAACUGUUCCAGAAUCACUGCCAGCAGAUCAUGUAACUCAAUCAUCUCUAAUUUCUGCAAAUUCUACUACUACUGCGAAACCAAUUUCUGGAACUGCAACUGAAAAAAACAAUCAACCAAUAUCAUCAGGACAGAUUGAACAUAUUACAAAUGUUCUUAAGCCAAGAGCUGUUUCAACGAAACGGCAUUCUUCAGUCUACCCACGAAACGAAAUGAAGGAGCUUGCGAGCACCAAAUAUAGUAGUGCUUCACACUCGAAUAAGGAAGAAAUUUCAAAUGAGGCAGUUAUCCUGAGGAAUAAAAACAACUCUGGAAAUAUUGAAGGGUCUGUUGAAGUUAAGGAUGUGAGGGAUAGUCAAAAGAAAACAAAGAAGAAACGAAACUCUGAUAUUGUGACAGGCGAAGAAACAGUAGCGUCAUAUCAUCAGACAAAUAUUUGCUAUUAUAAAGUAGAAAAUGGAACUUUUUUAAAACUUCCAAGCAAUACCAAGCAUAAAUCAAAUGAUGGUUGCUACAUUAAACUUUCCAAUGGAAGUUUUCGACUUAUUAUGGUGCCAGAUGGAACUUGUAUUCCAAAAAAUAUUGAAAUUGAAAGUAAUGAUAACAAUCUAUCCAAUGUUCAGCAAAAAAGUAAUGAUGCUGAGCGAAAGAGUUUUGGAAAGCAAUCUCAAAACCAAAAAGUAAUGGUAACAAUGAUUGAUGGGGGGUUGCCGGUAGUUGCUGUGAGCAAACAGGGAAAGGCAGUAAAUCAGUUGAAGAAGCAAAAGGGAUCACCAAGCAUGCCAGCUCGUGUCAGCAACAGUCACAAUCGUUGGAGACCAGGAGACGAACAACAAUCAACUAAUCAUGCACGAUGGCGUCCUGCAGAAGAACAAAUAGGAAAAUACAGGCUAUUGAAAACAAUAGGAAAAGGAAAUUUUGCUAAAGUGAAACUUGCAAAGCACGUUCCAACAGGAAAAGAGGUGGCAAUUAAAAUAAUAGAUAAGACUCAGUUGAAUCCUACAAGUUUGCAGAAACUUUUUCGUGAAGUACGCAUAAUGAAAAUGCUCGAUCACCCCAAUAUUGUAAAACUAUUUCAAGUCAUUCAAACUGACAAAACCCUUUAUCUUGUGAUGGAAUAUGCAUCUGGAGGUGAAGUCUUCGAUUAUCUUGUAAUGCAUGGAAGAAUGAAAGAAAAAGAAGCCAGGGCCAAAUUCAGACAAAUUGUCUCAGCUGUUCAAUAUUUGCAUCAAAAACGCAUCAUUCAUCGGGAUCUUAAAGCAGAAAAUUUGCUUCUUGACUCUGAAAUGAAUAUUAAAAUAGCAGACUUUGGAUUCAGCAAUGAGUUCACACCAGGUUCAAAAUUAGAUACAUUUUGUGGAAGUCCACCGUAUGCAGCUCCGGAACUCUUCCAAGGAAGAAAAUAUGAUGGACCUGAAGUUGAUGUGUGGUCGCUAGGAGUUAUUCUAUAUACACUUGUAAGCGGAUCGCUUCCAUUUGAUGGCACAACCUUACGUGAACUCCGUGAACGAGUAUUACGAGGCAAAUACCGUAUACCUUUCUAUAUAUCCACUGAUUGUGAAAACCUUCUGAGGAAAUUUCUGGUCCUAAACCCAUCGAAACGUGCUAGUUUAGAGCAAAUCAUGAAGGACAAAUGGAUGAAUAUGGGAUAUGAUGAUGAUGAAUUGAAACCAUAUCAGGAAGCUACAUCGGACAUGAAUGAUCAGAAACGAAUAGAUUGUCUUGUUUCAUUGGGCUAUAAAAGAGAAGAUGUUGAAGCUUCUUUGACUCAAACACGCUAUGAUGAUGUUCACGCUACUUAUCUUUUAAUAAGUAGGAAAAAUGUUGACCCUGAAUCUGAUGGAUCAAGAUCAGGUUCCUCCAUUUCUCUUAGAAAUUUGACAGGUACAGACGCAGUUCCUAUACAUACGAAUAACCAGGUUCAAUCACCAUCUCAUAGACGGGUUCAUCGAAGUAUUUCAGCUAGCAGUACAAACCCAUCUAGACGUGCUUCUUCUGGAGGAGAAACGUUACGUACUAAUCAAGCUCCCGUUGGAAAUGCAAACACGAACAUUCCGGCAACUCCUGCUGCUGCCAAUGCUCCAGCAGCUGCUUCUACUGCAGAAAGAUCUUCAAUCUCCAGCAAUUUUAAAAGACAAAAUACUCUGGAUUCUGCUACUAUCAAAGAAAAUACGGUUAGAGUAUCUUCCCAAAACCAAAGGCCUUCGUCAAUGCAAACAAAAGCAGCUAGUGAAACAUCUUCUUCUGCAUCACCCGCAAAAGCGAUUGGAAAAAUAGAGCCUAACGUGACUACAAAUAGAACUGCUGGGUUGAUCCCCAGAAGAUCCACAACACUCUACGAGAAAACAGCUUCUACCGAGAAAACUAAUGCAUCAGGAGAUGUAUCAACACCAACUGCUUCAACAAAGGGUCAUAUUAAAAGUGCUUCGGUUUCUAGUCCUGGCUCAUCUAGCAUCACUACGCCUUCAGAUCCAUUGCGUCAAAGACAACCCUUGGCAUUCCCCAGAAAUGUUCCAUCAAGAUCAACCUUUCAUUCAGGCCAAACUCGAACAAGAAAUAGUGCAACACAUGGAAACACAAAUACUGAUACAACUUUCAUGAAUAAAGGCGGAAGCUUUCUACAAAGAAUAUCCAAUAGAUUCAGUAAACGACCCAUCGAUGGCCAAACUUUAAAUAAUUCAGCUAUUAGUGGUUCAAAUGCUGAAGAGCCAGUAAAACCUCGAGCUUUAAGAUUUACUUGGUCUAUGAAAACGACCUCUCCAAGACUUCCAGAUGAUAUUAUGGCAGAAAUCAGAUCAGUACUGGAUAAAAAUAACUGCGAUUAUGAGCAAAGAGAAAGAUUUGUAUUACUAUGCGUUCACGGUGAUCCAAACACAGAUUCAUUAGUUCAGUGGGAAAUUGAAGUUUGCAAAUUACCCCGUUUGUCUUUAAACGGCGUACGCUUCAAGCGAAUUUCAGGAACAAGCAUUGGAUUCAAAAAUAUUGCGAGUAAGAUAGCAUAUGACUUACGACUAUGACUCAAUCAAUGUUAUGGUGAGAAUUCACAGUGCAAUAACAAUCACUUAUCCAAUUUAACCAAAAAAAAUCAAUCAACACAUGAUGAUGAUGAUGACAAGCAAUUACUACGAUCAUCAGUAGAUGACCACGAGUUAUUAACCCAUUUCGACGUGUGGAGCCUUGAAAGUGGUGAUGAAUAUGCAUUAUCAUUGAACGAGUCAGUGUUCUCAGAUACUUUCAAAUGUAGCAAAACCAAUUAAAAUAACCUAUAUACAUACUUAUAAUUUAUAUAAUUAGAUAUAAAGUAAUUAUGACAUUUGAAUAUACCUAAAAUUCAAUUACCUAAUUGUUACACUUGUAAUGCAAGCCAAUAAGCUUCAUAUUAGAUUAAUUAAGGAACCGUAUUAUAUUAAAGUGUGAUCUUAUAUUAUGCAUAGAAGAUGUAUACAUCUCUUCUGAUUAUUAUCUAAGCAUCGGAAUUUAAAAGAAUCUUAAAAUAUUGUAACUCCAUUGCUCUUAUUGAGAAAUCCUUGGUAAACUGAGUUAUUGAUUGUCUCAAAAUUGAGUAGCUAGUUGAUGUCACUUCUUUGAUUACAAGUUUUCAAGGAUGCUUGGGUGCAUUAAGUAAUUAUCAAGCUUUUUUUCUGGAAAAUGUAUAAACACACUAGCCGAAGUAUCAAAAUUCACAUCAAUUAUUCAAAUAUUUUCUAAUUGACUUCCGUCAAGUGAUUCGUAAGUAGGUUAGUGUUAUUAGAUUCAAACUGGCAUCAAUUUAAGUUGGAACAUAAGAAAUGGAACAAAAAACUUAUGUUUUGAAGAAUAAAGCUAAUUCUGGUAAAAUAAUAUCGGUAUUAAAGUACUUUAUUUCAAAUGGCUUAAGGAGGCCAUAUAAAAGAAGAAUUCCUAAAAUUAUUUUACGAGUUUCAGUAACCUUUUCUAUUGUUUCUAUCUAUACUUUAUAAAAAAAUAUAUAUUUUUUUUUGAAAUCUAUCUCAAUAAUUAGUGAUGUCAACUUUUACGGAUAAAAAUUACGAUUUCGUAAUUCAAAUCAGAGUCUUCUAGUUCUGUAAACAUUUUUUUAGUUCUGUAAAUAUUGAACAUAACAUUAAAAGUAAUAAUAAAAUUUUCUUCCUAGAAUUUAGUGCACAUGCUAACGCAUUAAUAAAUUUUAUCUGAUGUUGAUCAAUAUUAUAAUUUAGAGCCAACCGUAUUCAUAAAAAAAGAUAGAUAAUAUUCCUUUGAAAAUGUUUCGUUGGUAGAAUUGAAAUCUAUUUAUCAAUACAAGCUAAUCCUGAUUGGGAGUGCUUUUAAAAUAAAAAGUUAAUUCAAGAUUGUAAAAAUAAAGAUAAUUACCUACCUAAUAAUGAAUCCAAUCUGAUAUUAAUCCAUUUCAUUCGUGGUGAUAAAGCUCGGAUUGAAUUUAUAAAUUUUUUACAAUUUUAAAUUGUCUAUUUUCAGGCCACGCCCGACCAAGUUAUAUUUGGUUUGAAUUCCAUACAAAUUCAUUCAGCAUUGCUUUUUUGAUAUUCAUAAAGAAAUUUCAAUAGACAUUCUCAAAAGAAAAUGUCAAUCUUCUUUUAUUUGCUACGGCAAUUAAAGUUAAAAAUAUGUUCAUAUACUUUAUAAAUAGGUAUAUAAGGAAUAUUUAUUAAAUAUUAAGUGCAUUAAUCCUUCCUUUUGGUAAAAUAUCUACCAAU